AUGGACGACGGCACCGCUACCACUUUGCGCCCAGCGCCAGCACCCAGCGCGAAGAGACGAGAGUCAGAGGCUGCCUUGUCGACGCCAGAGCCGAGCGAGAAGCGCCCUUUUAAGAAGCGCAAGCGUGCAGCGUCGCCGCCUUGGCAAUUCCCUACGGCGGAGACUACAACCCUGAAGACUGCCGAUGGCCGUCGUGCUUCCGCUCGUGUCAACACGGGAACUCCAGGUGUCAGUGAGGCGGAAGAUAGCAGACCUCGCAGUCUGAGUCAGUCAGCUUCGCGCUCGCGACCGCCAAGUCCGCCAUGGAGGAAGUUUGAGGCUGAAGGUCCCACAUCCAUUCAAGUGGAUGGAAAGCGUAAGAGUGGUCGCGUGAAUAAGGAGUUGUCGGAUGCGCCCAAACGUGUCAGCCCGCGCAGCAAGAAACAGGUUGAUAAGCUGGGGAUGGUGCAGAAUGGAGACAAGAAGCCGGCGAACAAGAAUGCUGCUGGGAACAGCAAGAAGAUUGAGGCAGAGGUCAAGAAGCAGGCUUUGGCCAACGAAUAUGAUCCACUCGAGCGACCAUCGACCUCGUCAGCCAGCGCUAAGAGGAUUGCAGAGCUGCAGGCACAGAUUGCCGCCUUACAACCCACGCGUUCAUUUCCUUCACCUACUCCUGAAGCGAAGCCGGCCCACAAGCGAAAAGCGACCAAAGACGUUCCAAAGGAGUCAAGAUCUGUGUCGCCGCCUGUACAUCGUAAGACGAAGCGAAUGAGCAAUGCAGAUCAGUCGCCGGAGAAGUCGAAGCCAUCUCCUAAGAUCAAGCUGCGUUUCAAUGCCUCGAGAUAUACCGUUCCUGCACCCCAUCCGCAGGCACAGAUACCUUCACCCCCGCACCCUCCGAAGCUCAAUCUUCAUCAACUGAUUGAGCACUUUGAGUUGAAGGAGCUGCAACAGCCUUACAUGGAGAAUGACAGAGGCCCACCUGAUGCGGAUUUCUUCGUGCAACGCGCGGCGAAGCAGGCUGUUGAAGAGGCUGCUAUGCGGCAGAGAUUGUUGAAGGAAGCCCAGCCUGGAGGUGCUCUCAGCAAAGACCACUUGAGCCUGUUCCAGGACGAUCGACAGCCUGAACCGCCGCAGCAGUACAGUCACCAUGACCAUUUGGUAGCUCACGCUCUGUACUUUCGCCAAUUGCAGCAGCGCGAAAAGACUCAGCAUAAGCUUCUUGCCAAAAAGCUUGCCUAUGAAGCUGUUGAGAAGUGGAAGACUAUCCACGGGCCCACCGAGGAAGACAUCCUGGCUGAAGAAAUCAAGACCUUUGAGCUUAUCAAGAAACAGGUCGUGGCGGAUAUGAAAGCCAUGUGGCAGAUGGUUGAACUGCACGUGCAGGAUAGGAAGAAGAGGGAGUGGGAAGCGGAGCAAGAGAAAAUAAGAGCCGAAAAGCUGCAGAAGAAGCUUGAGUACAGCGAGAACUUACUGGCCAAGCAGCGUGGUGAUCUGGAUAGCGACGUGGACAUGGACGAGGACAGCACCGGGGAUGUCGAAGAGCCUGAAGAGAGCGAGGACGACGUUGAGGAGAACAUGACUGAUUCUGAAAGCGGCUCCUCAAAAGCAGACGAAGAUGAAGGCGAAAUGGAUGAAGACGCUUUGGCUGCGUAUCUUGCGCAGAGGCAGGCUGAACCUCCUGACAAAGCCGCAGAGAACGCUGUACAUGAGGAUGACGACGGAGAUGAACGCAUGAACGAUGUCGAAGCUAGCGAGUUGCCGACGCCCAGUAUGGAGAACGACGCCGGUGAAAACCUGGAUGCAACGCCGAAGCCACCGGUUGAAGAUGAAGAGAACGACGUCGAGAAUGACGAUGACACGACUGAGCAUCGAAGACGAAGCAGCAGGCGAGGCCCAGGGUCCGAAUCUGCUUCUCCUACACGCGAAGCGGCUGAGGUGGAAGACCACCUUUCGUCUGACGAAUCUACGGAUAUGGAUUCGGAAGACUACGACUCUGACGAGGACACGAGCAGUACUGGUGAUGAGGCAGAAGGCGGUAACGAUGAUGAUGAAGAUGAUGAAACGGCCACCGAGGACCAGCAGGCAUCUUCCAAACUGCGAACCUCACUCUUAGGCUUUUACACGCCACAAGAACUGUUGCGAGAGAAGGAAGGAGGUCUGCCGACCCCCAUGACCAGUGUAGAGAACGGCGGCGACAACAAUACCGAAAAUGCUCGGUCCGGCUCUGAGGCCAGAUCGGACGACCAGGCGAAUGCUGAGAGCCAUGCUGAUGAAGAUGUGGGAAUGGACAAGAAACCUGACUCAGAGGCAGUCGAUGAACCUUAUGGAAAAUCGCUCGUCCCUACACCAAGUCUGCUGCGCGGCACCCUUCGUUCAUACCAGCAGGCUGGUCUCGACUGGCUAGCGUCACUGUACCGCAAUGGAACAAAUGGCAUUCUCGCAGAUGAAAUGGGUCUUGGCAAGACGAUACAGACCAUUGCCGUUCUGGCGCAUCUGGCAGAAGUGUAUGAAGUCUGGGAAACUCAUUUGGUGAUUGUGCCAACAUCAGUCAUUCUGAACUGGGUCACCGAAUUCCAAAAGUUCUUACCUGGAUUCCGCGUUCUUGGAUACUACGGCACUGCAGAUGAGCGAGCUCACAAGCGCCGUGGCUGGACAAAUGAUCCGCACCAUGAUAACAAAGAGAAACGAGGCUACAACGUUGUCAUAACGAGCUACAAUGUUGCGAUGCAGGACAUCAACGCGAUUCGGGCUGUUCAGUGGCACUAUCUGAUUCUGGACGAGGCGCACAACAUACGCAACUUCAACAGCCAGCGGUGGCAAGUUCUUAUUCGGCUAAGGACCAGAGCACGACUGCUGUUGACGGGCACUCCGUUACAGAACGAUUUGGCGGAACUCUGGUCACUGCUAACAUUCCUCACAGCUGGCGAUGAUGAUCAGUCGCAAGGAGCACUUGAGGAGUUUCUCGGCCAUUGGAAAGAUCCAGUGAAGGAGAUUUUCGACCAGGGUGUCCAGAAGAUCUCCGAAGAAGCUCAACGUGUCGUCGGGCAGCUGCACAUAUCACUGCGCCCAUUCCUUCUGCGCCGCAAGAAGAUCGAGGUCGAGAAAGAUCUUCCCAAAAAGACCGAGAGUGUCGUGGUGUGCAAGCUGAGCAAGCGUCAACGACAGCUGUACCAGGACUACAUGGGCCUGGCAGAGACAAAAGCAACCCUUGCAAAAGGUAGUGGCGUGCAAGCUGGCGCUGUGUUGUUGAGCUUGCGAAGAGUCUGUAACCAUCCAGAUCUGUUCGACCCUCGGCCAAUCCAAACAAGCUACGCAAUGGAGUUCAGUCCACUCGAAGUAUUCGGUGUCAAGGAACAGGUCGUUCGACGACUUCUGGGCGUUGCCGACUCCCUGCCCCAGAAGCUACUUGUUUCCUGUCACGAAGAACGUCGACGCAGCACUCUGCAAAGGUCUCGACGAUUGAAUGCUUCUGCCAUACUGCAACGAGAGGCUCAAACGAUGGAAGAUGCGCUGGGAGACCGUAACCCAGAUCCUUCUACCUUGGCCGGCACCAGAGCACUGCAACGGCUGCGACGACGGGAGGGAAAGCUUCGGCAACUCCGCGCUUGCAUCCAGGUGAGCGAUUCAGCGUUACGCGACACACCUGUGUAUGGAUCCGACCUUCGUGAAGUGGUGACCCUUCACACGGACAGGACCUAUAUUUUCAAGCCUCGCACGCCACCGACGUACACUCAUAUGCAAAGUCGCCUCAGACUUGGACGCAAACCCCUCAGGUUUGAACACAUGAGCGACUGGCAUCUCGCCCAGACGACGCAGUUGCAGCAAGAUGUAGCAACUCUCGAGAGCUACGGGGAAAGACUUCACGAGACUAUCGUGAAGUUCACAUUUGUGCCGCCGGCUGCAACAGUUCCAAUCCUGGACUACGCCAUUCCAAAGGAGACUCAAGAGCUGUUGAGGUCAUCGCCAGCCUAUCCAGUGGAUAGCGACUUUGGUCAUGAGGCUCGUGUCCGCGCCUCGAUUGCUUUCCCUGACAAGCGUCUGUUGAUUUACGACUCGGGCAAGCUACAGCAGCUGGUGCACCUCCUCCGCAAUCUGCAAUCACGCGGCUCACGAAGCUUGAUCUUUACGCAAAUGACAGGUACCCUCAAUGUUCUGGAGCAGUUCCUCAACCUCCUCAACCUACCCUAUCUUCGACUGGACGGAAGCACGCCCGUUGAACGACGGCAGCUGUAUUCGGCCGAGUUCAAUCGACCUGAUUCGAAGUACCAGUGCAUGAUACUGUCGUCUCGCGCUGGAGGCGUGGGUCUGAACUUGACUGGUGCUUCAUCAGUCAUCUUCUACGACCUCGACUGGAAUCCGCAGAUGGACCGUCAAUGCAUGGACCGUGCGCAUCGUAUCGGACAAGUCAGAGAUGUCGAGGUGUACAAGAUGGUAAGCGAGAAGACCGUGGAAGAGAACAUUCUGCGUCGCGCAAAUCAGAAGAGCCUGCUUGAUCAGACCGUCAUUCAAGAGGGCCAGUUCACGACUGAGUACCAACAUCCGAAGAAAGAAGAGGAAGAGGUCGAGGCAGGCGAUGAUGAAGUUGGGGUCGCAAUCGAGCGCUUCCUCGGCGGUGAAGACAAGAACAAGGCCAAAGUGCUCGAAUCGAUCGAAGACAAAGAAGACGUACAAGCAGCACAACAAGCAGCGAAAGAGGACCGGCAGGACGACGUUGACUUCGCAGAUCGAUCGUCGAAGGGAGCGUCCAAGGCUAACACCCCGGGCGUGUUCGGGGCAGACGAAGUCGAUCCCAUUGAAGAGGAGAGAAAUGGCCAUGUCGACAAGUACAUGAUCAAGAGCAUGGAGUAUCUGCUCAAGGACUGGGUGUACGUGCCUCCACCUGUCCGCAAACUGGACAAGCACGGGCGAGAUCCAAGUCACCGGCCAAAGAAGAGGCGGUAG